GUCAUGACACGUGCACAAGUACGGGUGGCGUCAUCGUACACGUCACCGCACCGGAUGUUGAUAUAAAGUCUGGAGGAAGAGCAGAAAGAAAACAGAGCAGCGCGAGCUGUACGGAAAUAAACAAACACUCGAUCUAAAUCGGCUGGUGUGUGUGUGUCGCUGGAAUCAUGGGCCGGAUCUUCUUGGAUCAUAUCGGUGGGACGCGCCUGUUUUCCUGCGCCAACUGUGACACGAUCCUGACUAACCGCUCAGAGCUGAUCUCAACCCGCUUUACAGGAGCCACAGGCAGAGCCUUCCUUUUCAACAAGGUGGUGAAUCUGCAGUACAGCGAGGUGCAGGACCGCGUGAUGCUGACCGGCAGACACAUGGUGCGUGACGUCAGCUGUAAGAACUGCAACAGCAAGCUGGGCUGGAUCUACGAGUUCGCCACCGAGGACAGUCAGCGCUAUAAGGAGGGCCGCGUGAUCCUGGAGCGGGCGCUGGUGCGGGAGAGCGAGGGCUUCGAGGAGCACGUGCCGUCAGACGCAUCCUGAGGUCGCAGCCGUCUGCGUUCGUUCCUUCGCUCGUGAGGAUGUUCAUACAGCGUGUCUCUCAUGAAGAAUCCCUCUCCUCGUAGACAAACUCUGAUGUGAGGCCAAACAAUGAAUUUAACGAUAUAGAUUUACAAACAAACAUGCAAAAUCUCUUCUUUAAUUGGCUGCAACAACAGAAUGACGAGGCCGUCGGCUCAUGAAGGGAUGUGAAUUCAUAUUAUUUCCAUAAACAUUGACAGAAAUUCAUAUGCUCAUGGUUUCUUCAUGUUUGACACAUUUUUCCUCUCUGUAAGUGUGGCGUUCUGUUUGAGCCAAAAAACGGCUUUGUACAACACGUUUGUCUGUAGUUAUUGCUGUUGUUUUGUUUGUGUCAACCCAUUUUACAGAUAUCCAGAUGAACAAAUUAUUAUUGACGAAUCUAAUCAUUCUGUUUGUUUUACUGGAUCUCAGUAAAAUGUGUUGCAUAACGUUCACCGGGAGCAGAAACUGAUAAAGCAUAAAACUGGGCUGAAGACACGACACAAAUAAAACCACAGCAAUAAAAGCAUAGAUAAAUAAAUAAAUGUGCAAAGCAGUCUGAGGUUUUUUUGGCACAAAUGGAAUGCCGUUUGUGUUGUUAGGAUCACGUCUGCCGCCUUCAUCGGGAAAUUAGAGUUAGAGAAUGUACUGAAUAACGAAUCGCUACUCAAAUGAUUUCUCCACAAUGAUUUCUCACUUUGUUUCCUUGAAACUUUAGAGAUUGCCCAACCAGCGCAGACUAUUGUAACGCCUUCUUUAUCCUCUUAAUAACUCAUCCAUCUGUGCAGCUGUGGUUUCUCUUCCCUGCAGCUGUGUGACGUGAUCUAAACAAGCAGGUUCAGGAUUUCAGAUUGGAAAGCUGGUUGAACAGGCUUUGUUCCAGCUGUCAUGACGGCAGUGGUUUGAGAAAUAUUUCACCAUCCGUAGUCAUAUACUGAAAAUGCAUGGGUAAAAAGAUCUUGAUCCAACCUGUACUAGAUCAGACAGUUUUUUCCUGCUAAAUUAAUUCAUUUUUAGUCUUUUCCUUUUGUUCCAGCAUUCAGAGGAAUGUUGCGGUGAUCUGAACUCUGUGUUGUGUGUUUGUUCACUGAAACACCACAGUACAAUUACUGGCUUGUUCAUUUGUGAUUUCACGACUUUGUGGAUUUGUUCAGUCCCUAAAGCUCCUCAGUUCUGCUGAUUUUAAGGGCGUGUGAAACUUUAUUGUAUUGUAAAUCUGGGCAAAUUCCUCACAUGCUUAUGAUCGUUUUCUCUUUAGUGUUUGUUUGCUUAUGAUGUAAAAGUAUGACCAGCAAGACCGUUUUCUGCUUCUCUAUAUUUGUCCUUUCAUUAAAGCAUCUUCUGUUCA